AUGAAUAUGAACAGCUCUCCUCUGAAGUUGAAGGCUGCUCUUAUUUGUGCCAAGGACAUGGUAAAAAGUUGUGGAAAACAUGGCUUCCAUAUCCAAGUGCAGCUCUACCCCUUCCAUGUUAUCCACAUCAACAUGAUGUCGUCCUGUGCUGGGGCCGACAGGCUUUGCGGUAUGCAUGGUGCCUUUUGGAAACCCCAGGACACUGUGGUCAGGGUUCACAUUGGUCAAGUCAUCAUGUCCAUCCACAUCAAACUACAGAACAGGGAGCAUGUGAUUGAGGCUCUAGGCUGGGCCAAUUUCAAGUUCCCUGGCCACCAGAAGAUUCACAUCUCCAAGAAGUGGGGGUUUACCAAGUUUAAUGAGAAUGAAUUUGAAGACACGGUGGGUAUGAAGUGGCUUAUCCCAGAUGGCUGA